GCCAACUUUCUGUGACACAAUGCCCAAAAAGAAAGAUAAGAAAAGCGGCGACAAACAAGAUGAAGCCAAGAAAACGCAGAAAAAGGAAAGUCCUGCAGAUAAAAGCGGGUCUGACGACAAAGAGAGGGAUUUAUAUUUGACUCAAGUACGAUAUUUGACCGAGCAGCUGGAAAGAUAUCAGCUAAAAUGUGAUCAACUAGAGAAGCAGCAGAAGGAUUUCGACUCUCAGUACAGUUCACUGGAGAAAGAGAAGAAGGAUAUUGUUGAGUAUCUGAAACGCUCCCUGCUGGAAAGGGAGGAUGAGGUGAACGUGCUGACAGAGCAGCUGGAGAGUCAGCGGCAAGCUGCCGAUAAGGACAGAGACGCCCUGCAGCUGCAGCACGAUCAGCUGAGGCAAGAGCUUCAAGAGCAGAUUGAGGAAGUCAACAAAGAAAACACGACACUUGUGGCGAAGCUGGCUAGUCUGGAGGCGUUUCAGAAGCAGAAGGAGCAGCUGACGUCCAACAUGGAGUCUCUGGAGAAGCAGCUGGUCAGUCAGGAGGAGGAACACAAAGCUGCCAUCCACAGCCUGGAGAUGAGAGCACUACUGGAAAAGAAGAGGUUGGAGAUGGAGAUGGAGAGCCACGUGGCGGCCAUGGCAGCAGAGGUGCAGCACCUGGUGGACCAAAAGGUCCCGGAGACGACCAGGUUGGCCCUCCAGGAGAACACGGAGGUUAAGGCCCAGAUCAACCAGCUGGCAGAGCAGACUCAGGUCCUGAUGGAGGAGAACUCUGCGCUGCGCGGCCGGAGGACUCGGCUCAACGUGGAUGUGGACAUCCUGGAGCAGAUGCUCAGCGAGAUGUCCCGCAAGAGCUGCAUCCGCAAGAAGGUGGUGGAGCAGCUUACAGAAAAGUGUCAGCAGCUGCAGGCGGAGCUGAAAGACCGGAGGCAAGAACUGGAGCAGCUUCAGACCAAACACACAGAAGUCCUGGCUGAGAUGGAGACGCUCAGAUGUGACCGGGCCUCGCUGUCCGAGCAGUACGGUAAAAACAGAACUGAGAUGAGCCGUCUGGAGGCGAAGCUACAGGAGGAGAAGAGGAGGAAUAGCAGGAUGAAGAGCAUCAUGCAGGAGGCAGUCGUCACUCUGAGACAAGCCCUGAUGAAUGCUCCGACAGACCACGACUCAGAGGUGGGCUCUGUCGUCCAGUGGAAGCAGCUGAUGGAGAAGCUGCUGGUGGUCUUGGACCGACCCUCACUCACUAACUCCACUGCUGAGAGCGACCAGGUGGAUAAGCUGCAAACCUCUGACUCUGCAGCAGACAGAGAAGUAAUCCUGAAUCCAACCUCGAGUUUCCAGUUCGAGCUUGCGCGUUACAGGCUGGGUGAUCUCGGCCUUGUACCCCGUCCCACAGUGAAACACACACUCUUGCGGACAGGAGCAGCUGGGUCCAGCAGCACCAACAUGCUUCUACACAGGAAGCCAUCCAGUCAGAAAUCAGCCAGCUUCAUCAACCAAACUGACUCAGCUGUCGGACUUUUCAUCUCCAGAAACUCCUUCACUAAACCCAAAUAACAGGAACAAAACAAAUUUCAUAUUCAGGUUUUCUCCCUUGCAAAGUUCCCAAAAUCAUAUUUAUUUUGUUAUAAAUGUUUUUGUUUAAGUGCCACAAGUUAGAAAUAAUGAUGAAUACUGACAUUUAUUGUAGCAGUAGGUCAAGUAGAAAAGAGUGAUGGAGGAGUCAGUGAACUGACUGUGUGUCCAACAUGAUAAUCUGUAUAAAGUUUGCUAACAUAAGCCACUAGUUACAGGCAGCUGUGGAUUUACCUGGCAGAAUAAGGAUGUGGCUGUAAAACUAGGCUUCAGAGUGUAUUUAAUGGAUCAAGGGUUCAUUUAAGUUGCAUGAAUUCAAUUUUUCAUUAAUCAGUGAGCUAUUUCUUCAUUCAAGAAGUCACAUUGUGUCACUUAAAAGUUCUAAGUUUCCAAAUCUGCAGUGUCAUGAUUUCCACACAACUGUUCCUAGUAUGUAUGCUCCCGUAUGAGCAGCCAACAGUAGUAGAAGUACUCAGAUCUUUAAAGUAAAACUAGAAAUACCACAGUGUAGAAAUACUCUGUUACAAGUAAAAAUCAUGCAUUCAAAUUUUUACUUAUGCAAAAGUACACAGUAGUCAGUACUCAUUGUGCAGAAUGGCCCAUUUCAGAAUAAUAAAUAUAAAUCAUUGGAUUAUAAUUAUAGAUGCAUCCAUGUAUUUAAUGCUGCAGCUGGUGAAGGUGGAGCUGAUUUUAACUACUUUAUGUACUGCUGGGUGGUUUGUGAAUUCCCCCACCAAUCAUGGUUAUACUGUAAAAAUCUCAUACCGUUGCAACCCUCUCUUUAUCUAUGCAUUUAUAAUCUGAAUCUGCAAACUAGCUAGUAACUAGGGUUGUGAAAAACAUUGACUCACAGGAAAGGAGGGAAAGUUGAGCAUAUUUUAUCUGUGCCUUUUGAAUAUAGAUCAAAUAUUUGUUUCAGAUCAUUUUGCUUUGCUUUUAUUUUUAAUUUUUCUUUUGCUUCACAUUUGUAUUUUGAGCAUUUAAUAUAUCCGUCAUGUCUCUGGGUGCAAUAUUAGGUUUUGUUUCGUUAUGUGUUUUCUUGAUUAAUCAUUGUUUCUGAUAAACACUUGAGUUUUCUUCUUCAAGAUGUGUUUGAUUUUUUUCACUGUAGUUUUUGCAUUCAGCACCGUUUUUUAGAGCAUUUCACUAAAUGUUCACUAUUUUUAUUUUGUCUUGUCUUUGCCUGGAAAUAAAAUA